AUGGGUGGUGUAGCACAUCUGGAGUGCUUCGACUGCCCACUUGCUUGGGUGAACGUGAUGCUCUUUGACUACCAAGACCAGCUGAAAACCGGAGAAUGUGUCCUACCCAUGUGGUCGGCCUUUCCAGAUGAGAAAGGGGAAUUGUUAAACCCGACGGGCACCAUCCAGACCAACCCCAACACAGAGAGCGCGGCCACGCUUUACAUCCGCUUUCCCGGCAUUUCGUUGUACCCGAUCUACUACCCUUCCAUGAGACAGAUCUUAGAAAAAGGGCAGAAUGGCCAUGCUGUCUGCGGUACGGGGGAGGAUCCAGACGAGAAACAGCAGCUGAAGGAGAUACUGGAGCGAAGAUCCUGUAUCGAACUAUAUGAGCACGAGAAAGAUUUGGUGUGGAAAAUGAGAUACCAGAUUCGGGAUCAGUAUCCAGGAGCAUUGGCUAAACUGCUUAUGGUAACCAAGUGGAAUAAACACGAGGAUGUGGCUCAGAUGAUAUUUUUGCUGCAAUCUUGGCCCGAGCUUCCCGUUCUCAAUGCCUUGGAGCUUUUAGAUUUCAAUUUCCCCGAUCCUAACGUGAGCUGCUUCACCGUCAAUUCCCUGAAAAAGCUGACGGAUGCCGAAUUGUUCCAGUAUCUCCUACAGCUGGUUCAAGUUUUGAAAUACCAGUCAUACUUAGACUGUGAAUUAACCAGGUUCCUUCUGGGCAGGGCCUUAUCCAACCGGAAGAUCGGCCAUUUCCUUUUCUGGCAUCUCAGAUCGGAAAUGCACUUCCCUUCGCUUGCCUUAAGGUUUGGCCUGAUUCUAGAGGCCUAUUGCCGGGGAAACGCUCACCAUAUCAAAGCUCUGAUGAAGCAGGUAAGGAGGCUCCCUUGGGAAGUGAGAUUGGUUGCAUAUCUCCGCCAGGAUAUGUUGACACUCCAAAUGAUCCAACUCAUGGAUAUCUUAUGGAAACAAGAAGGUCUCGACUUGAGGAUGACCCCUUACGGCUGCCUUUCCACAGGAGACAAAAUGGGGCUGAUCGAAGUGGUGAUGAAUUCGGACACCAUCGCCAACAUUCAACUCAACAAGAGCAACAUGGCGGCCACUGCCGCUUUCAACAAGGAUGCCCUCUUGAAUUGGCUGAAAUCCAAAAAUCCCGGUGAUGCUCUGGAGCAGGCCAUUGAGGAAUUCACGCUUUCAUGUGCCGGAUAUUGCGUGGCUACCUAUGUGCUGGGGAUUGGCGACCGUCACAGCGACAACAUCAUGGUGCGAGAGAAUGGCCAGGAAAGGAUACUAUUCAGAGAUUACUGUGAAAGGGCAUACAUGAUCCUUCGAGGCCAUGGCCUUCUCUUCUUGCAUCUUUUCUCCCUGAUGAAAGCUGCUGGCUUGCCGGAGUUGAGCUGCUCCAAAGACAUCCAGUAUCUCAAGGACUCAUUGGCGUUGGGGAAGACGGAUGAAGAGGCCCGGAAGCAAUUCCAACUGAAGUUCAACGAGGCUCUUCGGGAGAGUUGGAAAACCAAAGUCAACUGGCUGGCCCAUAACGUCUCCAAGGAUAACCGCCAGUAGGGGAGGCCCUCUCCUGGAGUCUUUCCUUCCUGGCUCUCCGGGUGGAGCAGGCCGGCCCUUCCACACCUUGCGUGAAACAGGUUGACAGGACCGUUUUUAGGCGGCCCAGAUGUUGGUGGCAAGACGAUGUCCUUAUUCCAGAGGUCCUGCUUGGAAGCUCCUGGAGAUAACUCCUCAGCCGAAUGGUGAUGGUGCGAGAGAAUGAGGAGGAACCGUGGCACAAUUUUGGCAACCGCGCUGUUUGAUGAUCUGCGUAUAGCUGCAACUGUGUGUGUGUGUGUGUGCACGUGUGUGAGAUUCGUAUUUUAUACUGCUCAAUGGUACUCGACUCGCUCACUGGUUGAGCUGAGGUGGUUGUGAGGUUUCAAAGAUGCAUCCAGAAGAGCUGGCCUCUUUAGAAAGAGAUGGACUUUUCUCACAAAACUUGUUGGUUUUUGCACAAAAUGUUGGAAACCCCUCCAUCCCCCAAAUUCCCAGUCUUGCGAGGCCAGGAAUUGUCUUUUGAAAGAAGAGCCCUUAGUGAGAAGUACGGUGAGAAGUUUUGGCAAGGAGGUGGAUGGUUUGAUGACGUCAUGCAUCCUGGUUUGUCCGAUGCAGAAAUGUUCUUGCAAACUUUUCAGUUACUUCUUAAUUGCAUUCUUUCUUUAAAAAAACAACAACUGGUCACUUCCCGAUAACCCUUUUCCUUUUUAAAAUCCAGCUUUUCAAUAAAUGCAAGUUCGUUUCA